CUGACAUCCGCGCGUGUCUGUAUUGUCGCUCUCGGGAACGAUUACGAUUUAUUUUACAAAUAUUCUUUUACAUGAGGAAAUGUUGGGAUAAGUGCAAUAGCUAAUUAAGCUAUGGCGCACUCAGUGCUGGCGAGAGGAGCGCUGCUCUGUUUCGUCUAUAUAGUGCUUGAAUCGAGCGCGCUUAUCCUCUUGCCACACGAUGUACGACCCGGGCAUGCAGUUCGACAUUUUGUUGGGAACCACUCCCGCUAUACCCUUCUCGAACCAGAACUCACAUCAUACUUCACAUUACUAAACGAUGGCCUCUUAAUGACGACAUCUGAUCUAACACCCCUUGUCGAUCGGCCGCUGAACCUUGCUGUACUGGAACAGACGCCAUACAGCAGUUCGGCGCAUUCGCUGCAUCUUUUGGUGAUGGAUCGAAAGUCCAUGCUAAAUUUUGCUACUGUGAAUGGGUUACAAGGAGAGAUACCAGAAAAUGCACAACCUGGCACCGUUGUUGAUCUUCCGCCUAUAAGAGCUACAGCGCUGAUAAACGUUGGCCCAAUUGCUUAUAAAAUUGUCAAGGGUAAUAAGGAUUCAGUAUUUGCAUUACGAGAAAAGACUUACCAGCAUGGUGGUGAUGUUAAAUCAGUUGUAACUGAGGGUGAUGUAGAAAUUGUUGCACUUCAAUCUUUGGACGCAGAAAAAAUGAAAACCUUUAACAUUGUUGUCCAAGCAACAGAUUUGCAUGGAGCAAGUAAAGCGAACUUACCAAUAAUAAUUAACGUGAUGAAUGAAAAUGACCAUGAACCUUUAUUUGAACAAUAUAUUUAUUACUUUGCUGUGAAUGGAACUUUUGACACAAAUGUUAAUAACGGCACCGCACAGUGGAAAAGAUUUACUAAUAUUGGAAAAGUUCACGCAAAUGAUGCAGAUGGUGAUCGUGUUUACUACUCUUUGAAGACACCUUCGAACUUGGUUGUAAUAGUGCCUCAAACAGGAGAGUUAAUAUUAGCUGGUGAACCAGAUAGUUAUGAAGCCGAGGUGCUGGUAAUAGCCCAUGACACUGGCACCCCUCCUAGAAAGAGUAAACCAGCUCAGGUUUUCUUAGACUUCAUUAUUCGCGAAACAAAAGAUUUACCAAUACUUCACCGUGAAAAACGCCGCGUUACUCGAGCUGUACGACCAACGAAGAGAAUCGAGUUCACUGAAGCUGACGGCGAGGUCGAAGGCCGUGCUGUAUUUACACUGGAAAAAGAGACGGACCGAGAAACAUUCAAAAUAAGGGAUGAAAAUCCGUGGGUUACAGUUGAACCAAGUGGUGUUGUGAAAGUUAAAAAGAAGUGGGAUUAUGAAGAACUAGGACCAGAGAAGACAAUCGAUUUUUGGGUGACAAUAACCAAUGCUGGAAAUGGAGAUACGGAUAACCAGCGGGUGAUAAUCCACGUGAAAGAUGUUAACGACGAGCCGCCAUACUUCAUCAACCGACCCUUGCCAAUGCAGACCGUAGUUCAGCUCAACGCAGCUCCUAACACACCCGUGUUCACGUUACAAGCACGAGACCCUGACACCGAUCAUAACAUCCACUACUUCAUCGUACGAGACAGGACGGGAGGCAGAUUUGAGGUGGAUGAGAGAUCAGGCGUUGUGCGCACCAGAGGCACCGACCCCUUCCAACUGGAUAUGGAAUACGUGUUGUAUGUGAAGGCUGAAGAUCAGAGCGGCCGCGUUGACGAAAGACGUUUCCAAUCAACACCAGAAGAACGGCUGAGCAUAGUGGGUGGAAAACGAGCGCCACAGUUCUACCUGCCAAGCUAUGAAGCUGAAAUUGCUGAAAAUCAGAAGAAAGAUUCAGACAUAAUAUCGGUGAAAGCCAAGUCGUUCGCUGAUCGUGAGAUACGCUACACAUUAAAAGCUCAGGGCCAGGGUGCCGGGACGUUCAACAUCGGUCCCACAUCCGGCAUAGUGAAGCUGGCUAAGGAACUGGACUUCGAGGAUCUGCGUCAGCCACAUGUUUACUCAUUGGUUGUUACUGCGACUGAAGAUUCGGGAGGGUUUUCGACAUCCGUUGAGCUAACAAUCCGAGUCACCGAUGUAAAUGACAACGCUCCCAAGUUCGAGCUUCCUGACUACCAGGCGCACAACGUUGACGAAGACAUACCUUUGGGAACCAGCAUCCUCAAAGUAAAAGCAAUGGACGCUGAUUCGGGAAAAAAUGCAGAAAUUGAAUAUUUAGUUUCAGAUGACCACUUCAGUGUUGAUUCUAACGGUAUCAUCACAAAUAAUAAACAACUGGAUGCCGACAACAACAAUGCUUAUUAUGAGUUUGUUGUUACGGCCAAAGAUAAAGGCGAACCAGCAAAGACAGGAACUGCAACAGUAAGAGUAUAUACCAAAAACAAGAAUGACGAAGAACCCAAAUUUUCCCAACAAGUAUAUACACCAAAUGUUGAUGAAAAUGCAGGCCCAAACACAUUGGUUACUACUGUAGUCGCUUCUGAUAAAGAUGGUGAUAAUGUCCGAUUUGGUUUUGUCGGGGGCGGUACAAGUUCUGGACAGUUUGUAAUUGAAGAAAUAACUGGUGUGAUUCGUCUUCACAAUAAAGCUAUAUCACUAGAUCGUGAUAAGUAUGAAUUGAACGUAACUGCUAUGGACGAUGGUGCAUGUUGCGUCAACGGUGAUGCUACCAUACACACAUCAACAGCUGUUGUAGUGGUGUUCAUAACGGACGUUAAUGAUAAUAAGCCUAUUUUUAAAGAUUGUCCUACAUACUUCCCUAAAGUUGAAGAAGGAGCUCCAAAUGGCAGUCCUGUUAUUAAAGUUCACGCAACUGAUGAAGAUAAAGGUGUCAAUGGUCAAGUAAAAUAUUCAAUAGUACAACAACCGAAUCAAAAAGGAACGAAAUUCACUGUAGACGAAGAAACUGGCGAAGUGUCAACUAACAAGGUGUUUGAUAGGGAAGGCGACGAUGGUAAAUUUGUUUCAGUAACCGUUAAAGCUACAGAUCAAGGAGAUCCCUCACUUGAAGGUGUCUGCUCCUUUACUGUUGAAAUAACAGAUGUAAAUGACAAUCCUCCACUAUUUGAUCGACAGAAAUACGUGGAGAACGUUAAACAAGAUGCCAGUAUUGGCACAAAUAUAUUAAGGGUAUCGGCAUCUGAUGAAGAUGCGGAUAAUAAUGGAGCUAUUGUGUAUACUUUAAGUGCUCCUUAUAAUCCGGCAGAUAUUGAAUAUUUUGAAAUCCAACCUGAAUCAGGUUGGAUUGUUUUAAAGAAACCGUUAGACCGAGAGACAUACAAGUUGGAGGCUAUGGCUCAAGACAAGGGCUUCCCACCCUUGUCCAGAACCGUGGAGGUCCAGAUAGACGUAGUGGAUCGCGCGAACAAUCCCCCCGUGUGGGACCACACAGUGUACGGCCCAAUCUACAUUCGAGAAAAUUUGCCCGUCGGUGCCAAAGUGGUGUCCGUUAAAGCAAGCUCUGGCAUUGAGAACAACCCAACCGUGUUCUACCGUCUGAUGCCCGGCUCAACGGCUCAGACUAACAAAUUCCACACGUUCUACUUGCAACAAAGGGCUGACAAUGGAUUUACUUGGGCCGACAUUAAAGUGAAUCAUCCCUUGGACUACGAAAGCAUCAAGGAAUAUAAUCUGACAAUUCGAGUAGAGAAUAACGGAGCUCAGCAGUUGGCAUCAGAAGCAACGGUCUACAUCAUGCUGGAGGACGUUAACGACGAGAUCCCCUUGUUCACGGAGCGAGAGCAGGAGACUGUGCUGGAGGGAGAACCCAUCGGGACCAAGGUCACGCAGGUCAAUGCCAUUGACAAGGAUGGGACCUUCCCGAAUAAUCAGGUGUACUACUAUAUCGUUGAAUCUCCGCGGAACGAGGGCAAAGACUACUUCGAGAUCAGCAUGCAGACAGGAGAGAUCUUCACGAAGGUGGUCUUCGAUAGGGAGAAGCAGGGAGCGUACGCGUUGGAAGUUGAAGCUAGAGAUGGGGCACCGUCGGCGCGACCCAACUCCGACAACCAACCAAAUUCAGUGACAAAGUUCAUUCGUAUUGGCAUCGCUGAUAAGAAUGAUAAUCCGCCAUACUUCGACAAGGAUCUCUACGAGGCUGAGGUGGACGAGAACGAAGAUAUCCAGCACACUGUUCUUACAGUCACCGCCAAAGAUCACGAUGAAUCGUCGCGUAUUCGAUAUGAGAUCACGAGCGGGAACAUAGGUGGCGCUUUCGCCGUCAAGAAUAUGACUGGCGCCAUCUAUGUGGCGGGGGCACUUGACUAUGAAACGAGGAAGAGGUACGAGCUGAAGCUGGCUGCGUCGGACAACUUGAAGGAAAACUAUACUACAGUUGUUAUUCACGUGAAGGAUGUCAACGAUAAUCCACCAGUAUUUGAAAGGCCCACAUACAGAACACAAAUUACAGAAGAAGAUGACCGCAAUCUUCCCAAACGUGUACUACAGGUGACUGCCACAGAUGGUGAUAAGGAUAGGCAACAAAAUAUUGUUUACUUCUUAACAGGACAAGGAAUCGACCCAGAUAAUCCUUCAAAUAGUAAAUUUGACAUCAAUAGAACCACUGGGGAGAUAUUUGUCCUUAAGCCGUUAGACCGUGAUCAACCCAAUGGUAGACCACAAUGGCGAUUUACUGUUUUCGCUCAAGAUGAGGGUGGUGAAGGUCUUGUUGGAUAUGCGGAUGUUCAAGUUAAUCUCAAAGAUAUAAAUGACAAUGCACCCAUUUUCCCACAAGGUGUUUACUUCGGAAAUGUAACCGAAAAUGGCACAGCUGGAAUGGUCGUUAUGACUAUGACAGCUAUAGACUACGACGAUCCUGCGGAAAGUAAUAAUGCAAAACUCUGGUACUCAAUUGAAAAAAAUGUUAUUGAAGAGGAAACGGGAUCUCCCAUUUUUGAAAUCGAACCUGAAACUGGUGUUAUUAAAACAGCUGUAUGUUGUUUGGAUAGAGAAAGAACGCCAGAUUAUUCUAUACAAAUAGUGGCAUCCGAUGGCGGGGGGUUAAAAGGGACGGGGACUGCUUCUAUACGGGUUAAAGACAUAAAUGAUAUGCCACCUCAGUUUACAAAAGAUGAAUGGUUUACCGAAGUUGAUGAAACUGAUGGUACAAACCUCCCUGAGAUGCCUAUUCUUACAGUAACUGUUCAUGAUGAAGAUGAAACUAAUAAAUUUCAAUAUAAAGUCAUUGAAAAUAGUGGGUACGGUGCUGAUAAAUUUACUAUGGUUAGAAAUAAUGAUGGUACAGGUUCGCUCAAAAUUGUACAGCCCUUAGAUUAUGAAGAUCAAUUACAAAGUAAUGGUUUUAGAUUUAGGAUUCAAGUUAAUGAUAAAGGUGAAGAUAAUGACAACGAUAAGUAUCAUGUAGCAUAUUCAUGGGUUGUUGUAAAGUUAAGAGAUAUAAAUGACAAUAAACCACAGUUUGAACGUGCGAAUAUAGAAGUCUCUGUAUAUGAAAAUGCUGAAGUCGGGAAAAGCCUAGAAACAUUUAAGGCAACUGAUCCCGAUCAAGGAGGUAAAAGUAAAGUUUCCUACGCAAUUGAUAGAUCUUCAGAUAGAAAGAGGCAAUUUUCAAUAAAUCAAGAAGGUACUGUAAGUAUACAGAGGUCUCUCGACAGGGAAGAUACACCCAGACAUCAAGUAAAAAUAUUAGCAAUUGAUGAUGGCUUACCUCCAAGAACUGCCACUGCUACAUUGACCGUUAUUGUUCAAGAUAUAAACGAUAAUGCCCCAACGUUUUUGAAGGACUAUAGACCAGUGUUAACUGAACAUAUCACUCCGAAAAAAGUUGCUGAAAUAUUAGCUACCGAUGACGACGAUAGGUCUAAGAGCAAUGGGCCGCCAUUCCAGUUCAGGUUGGAUCCUGGUGCUGAUGACAUAAUAAGAGCAUCAUUCAAAGUAGAACAAGACCAAAAGGGUGCUAAUGGAGAUGGUAUGGCAAUUGUUUCGUCUUUAAGAUCGUUUGAUAGGGAACAACAAAAAGAAUAUCUGAUUCCUAUUAUCAUAAAGGACCAUGGAAACCCAGCAAUGACUGGAACAAGUACGCUAACUGUCAUCAUAGGUGACGUAAAUGACAACAAGAUGCAACCAGGUACUAAAGAAAUACUUGUAUAUAACUAUCAAGGUCAAGCACCCGACACUGAAAUCGGUAGAGUUUAUGUUUAUGAUCUGGACGAUUGGGAUUUGCCAGACAAGAAAUUCUUCUGGGAAAGUUCAGAACAUCCCAACUUUACUUUGAAUGAAGAAACAGGUAUGAUUCAAAUGAAGCAUAAAACGAGAGAAGGCCGUUAUCAUUUGAAGUUUAAGGUAUAUGAUCGUAAGCACACGCAGACGGAUGUACCUGCGAAUGUCACUGUAUACGUUAAAGAGAUAUCCCAUGAAGCUAUUAUAAACUCUGGAUCGAUUCGAAUAUCUGGUAUAUCGGAUGAAGACUUUAUACGAGUAUGGAAUUAUAAAACUUUGAGUGUUUCAAGGAGUAAGUUGGAUAUUUUCAAAGAUAAACUGGCUGACUUACUUAAUACUGAGAGAGAAAAUAUUGACAUAUUCAGUGUUCAAUUGAGGAAAAAACAUCCGCCUAUAACUGAUAUACGGUUUUCAGCUCAUGGUGCUCAUUUUUAUAAACCAAUCAGACUAAAUGGCAUUGUUCUUAUGCACAGAGAAGAAAUCGAGAGAGCGGUUGGUAUAAAUAUAACAAUGGUUGGAAUAGACGAAUGCCUUUAUGAAAAUCAAAUGUGUGAAGGAUCUUGUACGAACGUACUAGAUAUUAGUAAUUUACCUUAUAUGGUCAAUUCUAAUAAGACAGCUCUUGUUGGUGUUCGUGUCGAUGUUCUUGCUGAAUGUACUUGUGGUGCGAGAAACUUUACGCAAGCUGAGACAUGUCGUAAUUCACCAUGCUAUAACGGAGGUAGAUGUAUUGAGGGUAAAUACGGUUUGUCUUGUUCGUGUCCACCUGGUUACAUGGGUCCGAGAUGCCAACAGACUUCAAGAAGCUUUAGAGGAACAGGUUGGGCUUGGUAUCCUGCGUUGGAGAUGUGUGACAGUUCACAUUUAAGCUUUGAAUUUAUAACACGAAAAUCAGAAGGUGUUUUAUUGUACAAUGGACCUAUAGUUCCCCCAGAACCGGAAGAAAUAAUGGUAUCUGAUUUUAUUUCCGUUGAACUAGAAAGAGGGAAUCCUCGCCUUUUAAUUGAUUUUGGGUCAGGUACAUUAGAGUUACGAGUAAAAACUAAGAAACCAUUAGAUGACGGAGAAUGGCAUCGUUUAGAUAUAUUUUGGGACACAGAAAAUGUAAGAAUGAUAGUUGACUAUUGUAAAUCUGCUGACAUUCAAGAAAUGGAAGAUGGAACACCACCAGAAUUUGAUGAUACAACAUGUCAAGCUACGGGAACAAUUCCUCCGUUUAAUGAAUAUUUAAAUGUUAAUUCCCCUUUGCAAGUUGGAGGAUUGUUUAUCGAACAUUUUGAUCCCACUCAAUAUCACUGGCAAUAUAUGCCAAUUGGUAAAGGUUUCGACGGGUGUAUAAGAAACUUGUUACACAAUAGCAAACUCUAUGAUUUAGCUCAUCCAGGAUUGUCACGAAAUUCUGUUGCUGGAUGUCCACAAACUGAGGAAAUUUGUAACCAAGCGGAUACAACAUCACGGUGUUGGGAACACGGUACAUGUGUUGGUAGUUUCUCUGAAGCGAGAUGUCAAUGCCAACCUGGUUGGACAGGACCCUCCUGUAAUUUACCUACAACUCCAACAAGUUUUAGGCCUCAAAGUUAUGUAAAGUUUGCUUUAAGCUUUGAGCCCGAUCGAUUUAGUACUCAAAUUCAACUUCGAUUUCGAACAAGAGAACCACAUGGUGAACUAUUCAGAGUCAGUGACCAGCACAACAGAGAAUAUGGUAUUCUAGAAGUAAAAGAUUCUCGUUUACACUUUAGAUUUAAUUUAAACUCAUUACGCACGGAAGAGAGAGAUGUUUGGCUGAAUUCUGUUGCUGUUGACGAUGGUCAAUGGCAUAUAGCACGUGUUAGCAGAUACGGUAGUGCUGCAACUCUUGAAAUUGAUGGUGGAGAAGGAAGAAGAUAUAAUGAGACCUUUACUUUUGAAGGACAUCAGUGGCUCUUAGUUGAUAAACAGGAAGGGGUGUAUGCAGGUGGUAAAGCUGAAUAUACAGGUGUUAGAACGUUUGAGGUAUACGCAGACUUCCAAAAAGGCUGCUUAGAUGAUAUACGAUUAGAAGGAAAACACCUUCCAUUACCUCCAGCAAUGAACGGAACUCAGUGGGGUCAAGCAACAAUGGCAAGGAAUUUAGACAGAAAUUGCCCAUCGAAUAGCCCAUGUAUUAAUGUCCACUGUACAGAACCAUUUGUAUGCGUAGAUCUAUGGAACGAAUAUGAGUGCACGUGUCCGGGAGGAUCCAUGCGAGCGGGCAGCACGUGUGUCAACGUCAACGAGUGUAUGGCCCGUCCCUGUCUGAACGGAGGGACUUGUGUGGACCGGGAACCAGCACGACGUUACGACUGCAUCUGCUCAUUCGGGUACACCGGCCACGACUGUGAGCUGGAGCUCCUCGCCUCAGGAAUCAUCAUGCCCUCCAGAGAUUUUAUUAUAGCUAUCAUUGUCUGUUUAUUUUUGCUUUUAGUUUUGGUGCUAGUGUUUGUGGUUUACAACCGCCGUCGCGAGGCCCAUAUCAAAUACCCUGGGCCGGAUGAUGACGUCAGGGAGAAUAUCAUAAACUAUGACGACGAAGGCGGUGGUGAAGAUGACAUGACAGCGUUCGAUAUCACUCCACUCCAGAUACCUAUCGGAGGGCCGCUUCCUGAUCACGUACCUACUAAAUUACCUUAUCCAUUAAUUGGCGUCGGACUUGGCGUUGGAGCUAUGACAGUGGGUGUUGCACCACCGUUGGGUGUACCAAUGGGCGGCGAGACUAACGUGGGGAUGUUCAUUGAAGACCACAAGCGCCGGGCUGACAGCGAUCUGAAUGCUCCACCGUUUGAUGACCUCAGGAAUUACGCCUACGAGGGAGGCGGCAGCACAGCUGGCUCCUUGUCCUCCCUUGCAUCUGGUACGGACGACGAAACCCACGAUUACGACUAUCUCGGAGCCUGGGGUCCACGUUUCGACAAACUCGCGGACUUAUACGGACCGGACCUCGACGAACAACUGUAGAUUUAACAAUCACAGCACAUUUCCUCCAGUCAAUUGCCUCAACUUCUAUUGUAAUUCAUUUGUGUACUAUUGACACAAUACUUACAGGCCUUUCUUCUUUGGAUAAUGGGUAACGCACCUUAUAUAUCUAGAGACAUGGACAAAUAAAAAAGUAGGACUCCGCGCCUAGAUAUUAUUAGCAAGUGAAGCACUUUUAUGCUAGUGUGUGUGCGGUUACGGGGGAUACCAAUACACAAUUUGUCUCCCAUAAAUUAGUCAUAUAUGGUAACAAUGACUUUUUAUUCCGAUUGUUUAAAUUCUGAUAGAUUUUUUUUAGAUUUUCACUUCACAACGCACGACGGCAUUUUUAAAAUAUUUUAUUGCGACGCAAACUGUUCUGUCACAGACGAUGGCAAAUCUCUUAACGGCGGCCGAUUGGCUUGUAUUAGUGUGUGUGCGGGAGCUGUGUAUUUACACGUUAACCGGCUUGUUUUGGUGCUUCACUGUUCUGUAAGGUGAUACGGGGUCCUCCUUUUUUUACUCGUCCGUGUCCAGAGAGUGAUGCCUCUCUACUAUUAUUUAUUUGUAUAAUUUAUAAUAUCAUUGUAGAUUUAGUGCGUAUCUUUACAGACGUUAACCUUUAAUAACGUCAUUAUAUUAAAACGUGUAUCUUCACCAAAUAUUUGAUAUAAGUUUUUAUUAUUAAUAAUAGUUAAUAUGAGUCAGUAUUGUACCGAAAUUUUGAUUGUAAGCGGAUUAGUGCAGGAGGGUCCUGAGCGAAUAUGGAUCAUGGGUUUGUAGAUAGUGUGCUAUAAAUGUGAAUAAUUUAUACGAGUAUUUUGUAAGUCCACAGCUUUACCUGAAUGUUAUGGCCCUUCGGUAACUACUCAACAUAACUAUGUACUUUAGAAGUAUGAUAUUUUAUAAUAACAAUAGCGAUAUUAUUAAAUGAAGGUUUGAUGGACAUCGAGUCUAUAAUGCUCAUUCGAUUCGUGGAGUAAUUCACCGGGGGUUGUAAAUACAUAAUUCAUAGUCCCCUGAUGUCAGUUUCACAAUUCAAUUCGAAAGGGGAUUGACCAAAUAUGGUUUCGCAUUGUAUCAGAUGGUAACUAGUUUCAAAAAAAUUUAUAUUUUUUUAAACAAAAUUGUAUAAAAAAAUCACUAUAAAUGAUUUUGUUAUUUCCUUUAAAUUCAAUGUUUAAAUUGACACCAAAUAUUAUACCUUUCUUAAUAAUAAGAAGAAGGGCUUACAAAAUAUUAUGUUUUUAAUUAUUAUACUCAUUUAAGGCUUAACCAGUUCAGUUCAAGUUUAACCUAGUAGAUAUAACCGAGGGUCAGACGAAGGUAUUCUAAGUUAUAACCAUGUAAUACUUAAUAUGUAUUCUCUGAUAAAAACCCGAUAAACAAAAAAUAUUUAAUGGUAAUACGAAUCGGUCUACAAUCAGGUAAUAUUUUUCAAAUUUGUCAAAAAUAAAUACGAACUUAUCAUGACCUCUUAGCCUGUAUUUCGGAAAUACGGCGAGACAGUACAGAUUUAAUUAUUUUAAGGAUGUAUAUUAUAUUCUACUAUUUAGGUUAGUUUCAUGAAGGCACAUCAUGGUACAAUGUGAAACCAAAGCCCAUACUUCACUGGUCAAUCUUCUUUAUAUCUGAAUUGUACAGUAACUGGUGUUCCUCCCCAAGUACCCAGGUAGCGUUUGGUUGUUGAAUAUAGUUUAAGUACACGAAACGAUUCUAAUGUCGUUUAUUAGGCGAAUGAACUAAUUAAUAGUUUUGAUUGUGAAGAAUUAUCUGUCGAUGUGAUUAGAUGCGUAAUUAUUAUUGAUAUUUGUGGAAUGAAUGAGAGUUUUGUGCAUGCAUGUGUGCGAUUGUUGACGUCAUUAUUCGUGUCUGCUUUGCAACACGCGUGUCGGGUAAUUCUUAGCACGAUGAGUAUUGACAGUCAUGGCACUAUAGCACAGUUAUGAGUGGGACAGUGCCAAUUUUAUUAGCAUAAUUGCUGCUAAGUUAUGAACCUUAGCGUUAAGUGUUUGCACUUUAUUUAUUCAUGUAUAAUUACGUGUAAGUUUAGUCGCACCUAGAAAAAUAUCAAUAACUUACUAAGAGUGUUGUGCUAGAUUUAUGUUACCGAUCUUGUGGCGAGACAGCUAUUGAGGCGAUAGCAGUCACUAAUUUAAAUAUAAUUUUUAAGAGUUUAUAGCAAAUUAAACAAUAUUGUCACCGAUCCCUCUUGCGCUGUCUCGCUCUGACAUCGAAUUAGAAUCAGUGUAAAUUUCUAGAAUAUAUUAAAUUGUGUUAAAAUGACUGAUUUUUAUUAUGCGUUUGAAAGCCUAAGAUUGUGUAGAUUCGGUUAUUUAAUUAUAGAUUUCAAAUUGCCUACUGUAAGAACACUCUAGUUUGCACUCAGAACGAUAAUCUCAUAAAUAAAUAAAGCAAUUCUCGUUAAUUACUAUACGUGUAAGUAGAAGUUUAAACUUUAGCCCGAGAUUUAAAUAUUCUAGGUUUUAUCGUUCAUUUACAAUUGUAUCGUUACACUGCCAGUAAUCGUAUAUAUAGACGAAUUAUGAUAGUUUGGUCCGAUUUUAUAUUUCUGUGGUAUACAAACAAUAAUGUAUGUUAAGUUUUUUGAAACUUUUUUAUAAUAAACAUGGUACUUUGACGACAGUUUUGUGCUCCGACAUGCACAAAUUGAUAUUAGUUUAGCUCUGCACAGUCUAAACCGUGUACAAUCAGUAAUAUAACGAGUUUGUUAUACGAAUGAUAAGUGCUAAGGCAUAGAAAGGCAUUUUUUUUUUCUCAAAAUUGAUUCCUUUAGAAUUCUUUUUGAUGUCAUUUCUAUUAUACUAGAUACUACUACCGCUUCAGAAACAAAUGGCGCUCUGAGAGAAAAGAAGCAUUCUUUUUUUGCGAUCUUUUAAAUGAAAUAUAUACAGUAUUGUAUUUAUAAUAAUCAUAAUCUAGACCCAGGCUUUCUGAUCACAUAGAUAUUCAGCUGUGGAGUAGUAGGAUUUACGACAGAGCAAUUUUUUAAUAAAACAUUUAAAUUUAUUUAUAAAUAAUGCCUAAACAGUGGCUGGGACUUUAUUAUAAAAGUGUAUACAUUUACCCUUAAAGCUAUUAUGUAUCUUAUGAAGCCUACUAGAUUUAGUCUGUAUUAAGAAGGCUGAGAGAGUUUCUUGCGCCGCUUCUCUCUCACAGAGCGCCAUUUGUUUCCGAAGCGGUAGUAUCUAUUAUAUUAGAAAUGACAUCCAAAAGAAUUCUAAAGGAAUCAAUUUCGAUAUAAUAAAUGCUUUUUAUGCCUUUUAAGAACAAAAUGGUGACGUAUAUUAAAUUUUCAUAAAUGUACUGACAAUGAACAGUCAUAGUAUUUAUUUCAUUAAAUUUUUCUUUUAGAGACUGUCUAUAACCAAGCUGAUAUUUAGCAAUAACAGCUCUCUUUUUCUGUUAAUGUACACUUUCAUGUUUCCACUUCUCCACAAAAAUGUCGUUACGAAAAUGUUUGCAUUAAAAUUUAUGCACCAUGUGUGAAGUAUGACCCAGCUGAUACUUUGUCCUUACUGCUUUUACUAAAAUAUCGUGUAAAAUGUUCGCUAGAUUUUGAUAAUAAUAAAAUGUACACUUAUUAAGACUGCAGAGCACACAAUCCCAGUACAAAUAAUGACAACGAGGUGAAAGUGACGUCAUUGUAUAAGAUGGCCAGUGUCGAAAGCUGACACCCCGAUUUGUGAGCGUUAUUUUAUUUAGACAUUAAUUAUAUACCUACUUAGUUAUUUUCAUUUCUACUGUGAUUAUUUAGUUGUACAACUCUGAAAUUACAUAAAAGAAUGAAUAAAGUAUGAAAAAAUA